AGUUGUAAAACUAUGAAGUUUAGUAUAAAUUUAUUAUGAAUUAUGCCAUUUUCUGUCACUAGCAUUGCAUAUUUAUUGCUAAUUUUAAUCGAUUUUAUCCUUAAUAUCAUUUACAGUUUUUGCUAUGGAAUAUUUUCACUUAUAAAAUUAAUAUUUAAGCAGAUCACGAACCGGAAUAUGGUUGACACCUCAAAAAAGCAGAAAAGAAAUUCUUCUCAUUUUAAACAUAACCAAACAAUAACUGAACGUGGUAUAAUUGAUGCGAACUGGCAAAAAUUACUUGCAACCACGCUUUUGUCUGAGAAAAAAACUGAAAAACAGGCAAAAGAUAACAAAAAGGAUCAGUAUACUGGGAGUUUCCGCCGUUCGCGUAAGAGAAAUCGCGAGAUGGACCAACCAUGUGGAGCGGUCGAAGAUUUAAAACAUUUAAAAAUAGAUAAUGUAGCCGAAAAUUCUUCGAAUAGUGAACAAAAUAAAAACAAAGUAGGAAGAGGGAAUAAAAAAAAUAAGCUUACCAAAUUUAUAGCAAUUGAUUGUGAAAUGGUUGGUAUUGGAUUGAACGGUGAUGAUAAUAUGUUAGCAAGAAUAUCGCUCGUCAACAAAUUCGGUGACUGUGUUUACGACAAGUUUGUGAAACCGCGGGAAGAAGUCGUAAAUUACAGAACCCAAGUUAGUGGGAUUCGUAAAGAGGACUUAAUAAAUGGAGAAGAUUUUGCUACGGUACAAAAAGAGGUGGCAGAAAUACUCAAAGGACGAAUAUUAGUUGGGCAUUCUUUAAGACACGAUCUGAGUGUGCUUUUCCUAUCACAUCCGAAGAAGAAUAUUAGGGACACAUCAAAAUAUAAGCCAUUUAGAAAGAUAACAAAAGGUAGUACGCCAUCUUUAAAAUGCCUUUCGAAAGAGAUACUCGGUGUUGAUAUUCAACAUGGGGAACACAGCUCGAUAGAAGACGCCAAGGCAGCAAUGCAAAUAUACUGUACAGUCGCUACCCAUUGGGAGCAAUCACUCAGUCAGAAGAAAGGGUACAGUAGGAAGUUUGUUGAGAGUUAAGAAUACUAUUCAAUGCUUGUAUUGUUUUUUUCUACCUUUUGUUUUUUUUUGUAUUUGCAAAGAUAAUGUUAAUUCUUUUUACACGUAGCAAAUGUAUACUUGUAGCAUAAUCGUUAUUAGUUUUCCCUCUUUACUAUGUAUCCCACCUUACACCUUAGGGAGAUGGGAAUGGCUGAAAACCAGCGCUGCAUGAAAAUAUUAUUUCAAGCAGCAUAAGCUGAGCCUACUCCCUUUUGUCUUAAUGUAUGUUUGUAAUAAGCUGAUAUUGUAUACUUAAAUUAAGUUCAAGGCAAUAAAUUUUAUUAUUAUUAAUUUA